AGCGGGGGACCGAGGCGGGGCCGGGAGCAGAGUCCGGCUGCCUGGAGCCGGUGGCGCGUGUCUGCUGCUCGUCCGGGUCGGCUGCCAGGCGCGCGUCCUCCGCCCCGCCGCCGGCCCUCGGUGCGCCCGGCCGCCCGCGCCCCCAGGAUGUUGUCCACCUUCAACGAGUGGCUCUGGCAGGACAGGUUCUGGCUACCGCCCAACACGUCGUGGGCCCAGCUGGAGGACAGGGAUGGCCUGGUCUACGCCCACCCCCGGGACAUGCUGGCGGCCCUGCCCCUGGCGCUGGCCCUGCUGGCCCUGCGGGUCACCUUCGAGAGGUUUGUCGGCCUGCCCCUGAGCCGGCUGCUGGGUGUGCGGGAUCACACCAGGAGGCCGGCGAAGCCAAACCCCACGCUGGAGAGACACUUCCUCACCGACGGGCCGAGACCCAAGGAGCCCCAGCUGACCCUCCUGGCCGCCCAGUGUGGCCUCACGCUGCGGCAGACCCAGCGCUGGUUCCGGAGACGCCGGAACCAGGAUCGGCCGCGCCUGACCAAGAAGUUCUGCGAGGCCUGCUGGAGGUUUGUCUUCUAUCUGUGUGCCUUUGUCGGUGGCGUCUCCGUCCUAUACCACGAGUCGUGGUUGUGGACGCCGGCAAGGUGCUGGGACAAUUACCCAUACCAGACCCUGAAGCCGGCCCUGUACUGGUGGUACAUCCUGGAACUGGGUUUCUACAUCUCGCUGCUAAUCACACUGCCCUUUGAUGUCAAGCGCAAGGACUUCAAGGAGCAGGUGCUACAUCACUUCGUGACCAUCCUCCUGAUGACGUUCUCCUACAGCUCGAACCUGCUACGCAUCGGCUCUCUGGUGCUGCUGCUGCAUGACUCCAGCGACUACCUGCUGGAGGCCUGUAAGAUGUUCAACUACACACGCUACCGGCUGGUGUGCGACACCCUCUUCGUCGUCUUCUCCCUGGUCUUCUUCUACACCCGCCUGGUGCUCUUCCCCACCCAGAUCCUCUACACCACGUACUACGACUCCAUCGUGAACUGGACCCCCUUCUUCGCCUACUACUUCUUCAACGCGCUGCUGGUGAUGCUGCAGCUGCUACACGUGUUCUGGUCGUGCCUCAUCCUGCGCAUGCUCUAUAGCUUCGUGAGGAAGGGCCAGAUGGAGAAGGACGUGCGCAGCGACGUGGAGUCGUCGGACUCCGAGGAGGAGGAAGAGGAGAAGAAGGCCGCUCGGGAAUGUCCGCAGCUCAAGAACGGGGCAGCCCGGGGGCCCGCGGCAGCCGACGGCGCUCGGAGCCGGGUGGCCGGGCGGCUGGCCAACGGGCACACGCCAGCCACAUAGGGCUGCCCGGACUGGUGGCCCUUGGGCCAGCUCCCCAAGGACAGGGAGGGCCCCACCCGGUGUGGGCCGGGAGGGCCGAUGAUCUGUCGCCAGCCCUUUCCUUCCGUCCGUCCGUCUGUCCUCCCUCCCUCCUCCCCUCCGGGCAGCUGAACUGAGCCGAAAGGCAGGAGCCCCAGGCCGAAAGGGGUCCAAUAAAACUUGAACGGAGCCGAAUUCUCUGCCUGA